AUGAAGUUGCUUAAGGAUUAUGGCUACACUAUUGACUACCAUCCGGGCAAGGCAAAAUUGGUGGUUGAUGCAUUAAGUAGGAAGUCUACAGCUCAAUUUGAAGACACUUACUUAAUGAGCAUGAGAAGGAAAGUUAAACAAGGGGGAAAGUCUGAUUUCUCUAUUAGAGGCGAUGAAGCCUUGGUAAUUGGUUCUCAGCACUAUUGUACAGCUAAUAAAGAGCUAAAAAGGAAAAUAUUGGAAGAAGUCCACAAUUCUGCUUGUGCUAUGUACCCUGUAUCGAUUAUAUCUGAUAGAGAUCCAUGGCUCACUUCGAGGUUUUGGCAAAGAUUAAUGAAGGAACUAGGUGUUAAGUUGAAUUUGAGUACCAAUUUUCACCCUCAGACUGAUGAACAAUCUAAGAGGACUAUUCAGACCUUAGAGGACAUGUUAAGGUCAUGUGUAUUACAGUUUAAGGGAAAUUGGAAUGGGUAUCUACCUUUGGCAAAGUUCACCUACAACGACAAUUAUCACUCGAGCAUUCAGAUAUUACCUUAUGAGAGCAUAGUAUGCUUUGGAAAGCAAAGGAAGUUAAGUCCUCACUACAUUGGACCGUACAAGAUAGUUGAGAGGAUAGGUCCAGUGGUUUACAGGUUAGACUUGCUGGAGGAGCUUUCUCGAGUCCAUGAUGUGUUCCACAUCUCCAUACUCCAUAAGUAUAUCUCAAACCCAUCGCAUGUGUUGGAGACACCAGAGAUUGAGUUGAGAGAUGACUUAUCCUAUGAGGAGCAGUGA